UGUCCGAUUGAAUAUCAAAACAACCUCACCAAGCAGAAGCUAUUUAAAAGAUCCCAAGCCUUUACUGAGCGACGAAUGAUAGUUUUUAUGAAAGCGAGUCAUUACUUCAGCGCUGCCUCUAUUCCCAACAUGUCCAGAAGAAGUCUGAUGUUUUCCUCGAGUUCUCUGAUCUCUUCAGAGGAAGAACGACAGCAGAUGAGUAUGGCUGCGCCUGUGCUCAGCGGUUACCUGUUGAGAAAAGAAGCCAGAGAGAGAGGAACAUCUUCAAGUCAGACUGCAGCGACAUCUCUGUCUAUGUGCAAAGAUCUGGUUGUCCAAAAUGCUCUGUACACUGGAAAUCUAGAGGAAAUGAAGAAGAUCUUCUCCAAAGGAUUUCCCAACGACAUGAUCAUCCAGUCCCAGGGAGGUGCCAUGCGCUGGGUCACCAAUGGAAAAGUGAGAGGACUGUGGUCAUUAACGUACGAGCAGGAGCUCACCACGCCGCUGCACAUAACCGCCGGACGAGGUUUCACCGAAUGCCUCAGACACCUCCUCCUCAGGGGAGCUCGGGUGGACCUGGCACCCGGGGGCACAACCGCCCUACACGAGGCUUGUGAAGAGUGCCAGCAAGAGUGUGCCAAGCUGCUUCUGCAUUACGGCGCCAACGCCAACGCAACCAACGAAGACGGACAGAUGCCGCUGCACGUGUGCACCGAGCGCGAGUCGCUUGAGUGUGCCAAAAAUCUCAUCUCUUUUGGGGCAGUUGUGAAUGGUCAAAGCUUAGAUGAGAACGAUACGCCUCUCCAUGUGGCCGCCCGGCAUGGCCUUCAGGAGCACGUGGAGCUCUAUCUACAGCACGGCGCCAAGCUAAACCUGCAGAACGAUGAAGGACACACGGCACUCAAUGCCGCAUGCUCCCAGCCGCAGGACAGCGGGUCCCUUGACCGCUACACCCGGGUGUGCCAACUGCUGGUGGCUGCAGGAGCCGACAUACACAUCAGUGACGCAGACAAGCAGACCCCACUCCACAUGGCGUGCAAGAAUGCCAACCCCGAUGUGGUCGAUAUGCUGCUUAAUCACGGAGCUUUGGUCAACGAAAUGGAUUAUGGUGGCGAUGCACCUUUGCAUAACAUCCUAAAGGUAAUCUCCUAUAAGACUGACAAUGAGCCCGAGAGGAUCGUACAGGCACUGCUGAACUACGGAUCCAUCAGGGUGUGGCCAGGAGCUCUGCCUAAGGUGCUGAAAUAUUGCUGCAUGUCACCACGGACAAUAGAGGUGCUGGUAAACGCCUAUGACCAUCUCAAAAUCACUGAAGCGUGGACUGAAGCUGUUCCUCCUGAACUGUUUCAGAAACACCAAGAAUUCUACGAGUCUCUGUUUGCACUGAGACAGACUCCUCGAUUUCUACAGCAUCUGGCCCGUCACAAACUCCGAUUAUUUCUGGAAGGUCGAUUGCACAAGGUGGUUCCUAAACUGGGUCUACCGACCUUUCUUAAAAAUUACCUGAUGCUGACGUUCAAAGACUUUGUUCACUGAGAGACCUUCUCACUUUUCAAUGUGCAGCGUGUUGCGAUUUUACUUUGAUCGUAUGAUACAUUUGGAUGUAAAUAUGGAAGUAAGAUGAAAGGGUAUUGUGGAAGAUCACUCAGCUUUUUAUGUGUUAUUUUUAGGAUUAUCAUAAAAAGAGAUAUUGGAGGAAAUGCCUCACUGAUUUUUUACUUUGUCAUACCAUAACUGUGAGGGUAUUUGCAAAGAAAAUCUUCUGUUAAAGGAUUAGGAAAAGAUAGUUCAGAAAAGAGAGCACCAUUGGGAAAUGAUGCCACGAGUCGGAAAAAUAUGUUCAGUUCAAGACACUUAAAUUAUCACAAGUUACCACUAGAGGGCUCUGUGGGGUUUACAUGACGUCUGAAAAACCUUCACGUUUUU